AUGAUUAAAAAAGGAAGACCCGACUUUUAUAGUGCAACUUUGGCACUUUUGAUUCAUGGAAUUGUCCUCUUCCCAAAUGUGGACAAGUUCGUGGAUCAGUUAGCAGUUGAAGUCGUUUUAACAAAGAAUCCGGUGCCUUUUUUACUUGCCAAUUUCUACCAUACCUUCCAUACAAGACAUGAUAAGAAGGGAGGUACUUUCCUUUGUUUCACUCCUAUGCUACAUCUUUGGAUGAGGGCCUGCAUGCCUCAAAGUGAACCCUUCUCCGAAAACAAACUGACAUGGCCACAAAUAUUUGCAUCUCUCUCUGCCAACUCAAUUCUAUUGUACAAGAGGGAAUGGGAUACAAAGGACGUCAUCGUAAGAUGUGGAGAGUUCUCUAACGUACCCUUAAUAGGAACGCAAGGUUGCAUCAACUACAACCCUGCUAUACUCAAGAGACAACUAGGGUACGCCAUGACGAGUCCCCCCGAGGAAAGAGAUUUCACUCCAUUUGUCAUUAAUACCGUGGAUCCACUUGAUUCAAACGUGAAAAGAGUGAGAAAAGCUUGGACAAACAUAGUCCGUAUUGACCAUGAAUGGGGUAAGAAAAACAUCCUAGCCAAGGAACCCUACUAUGUGUGGGUAAAAGAGAGGGCUAGGAUUGUUAAGAUGUCGUUUCUUUUUUAUCCUUCUUCAUUCCCGUUGAUGCCCAAGCCCGAGCCUAUCCUACAAGAGGACAUGGACAAACUUACCAGCCAAAUCAAAGAGCUCGAGUUGGAAAACACUCAACUACGAGUCCAACUGAAUCGUGCCAAGGAACGUAACCACGUCUUGGAGGAUAAGGGUAAGCAAGUCUGUGAAAAAUUUGAAGACAGUAAGAAAAGGCUCCGAUUAGCCGAGGGACAAAGAGUUUGGGUUGGUGGAGCUUUACAAAGAGCUAAUUCUGAGCUAGACUUCUGCAACAAAGAGUUGGAUCGAGCGUCCUGA